AUGCAUGACAAACGCCUCAAGCUGCUCACUUAUCUCCUUGAGCUUCACAGCGAGGAGGGCGCGCUAUGGAUGAACACGAUUCGUCUCAAUCGCGCGUCGCUCGCGCGACGUUUCACCCCUUCCCAGGAGGCCGGAUGGCAGCCUCGCUAUCUUCCUUCCUUCGCCGCCUUCACCGCGGGGCUCGCGGGGCUUCUCUCCACGGCGGGGAGCGUGCAGGGGCUGCUCGAUCGCGUGGAGGGGUUGCUCUCGGAGUUGAGACUGGCAUUGACAGGGCGGCGAGAGGAGGAGAACGAGGGCGUUGAACGCGAUGAUCUCAGCUCCACGCGGCUUUUUAUCGCGACGGUUUCCUCCGCCGAGGGGGGCGGGCGCGGCGGAGGGGGGCGAAGCGACGCGUCGGAUUCCCCGCUAACCUUCGAGGUGAAUCCAAUCGCCGCGCCGGGUGCUUUCAACGGAUCCCUCGCUGCGUCUUCGCUGAAAGUGGGUGAGCUCAACCCCGCCAUGGGCACACUUUCGUAUAUCGAGAUCAUUCCAGAGCUUUGCUCGACGCUGAUGAUGUUGUAUAAGAGAAUAUGUGACUUCUCGCUCGGCUCGGAGGAGGCCGAGCUCCGGCGGGUGAUUUUGAUGGAUAAAUGUAUUCAAAAAAUGGUCUUGAAGCGCCUCAUGCGCGAGCUUCAGAACGUGGCGCGACACAAACUUGAGGAGGAGAUGAAUCAGCUGCUGUCCGGCAGCCUUUAUGGAGAGCUAGACUCCUUUUAUCAAGGAUUUAAUUCCGCCAAUAACGGCCAUUCCACUACGCACAAGUGA